GGCUGACAGUACCGAGACGACUUUGACUGAUGCGCGAUUUGUCUGGUACAUUUUCGAUCAAAUCGAUCAAAAUCUGGUACAUUUUUACCACAGAAUAGUACAAUUUUGGAAAAGUCUCUGGCAACGCUUCUGGCAGUCUUUUAAUUUUUCUGUUUGUCUAUGGUCUGUGUCUAUGGUAUGGCCUCCAUAGUCUAUGGUCAAAACCAUAUGGUCAAAAAAUACCGGCGGGACAAUUUAACCUACGAAUUUCUAGCUUGGAUACGAAAUGGAUACGAACUUGCAAACAGUAAUAUAAAUGAUUAUAUUAUAAGUGUCUACUAAAACAUUCUACGUUUGUUUAACUGUAUAACAGUUAAAAGCAUAUAGGGAUUUUAGUUAUAUCUCAUAAUGGGUAAAAAUCAACGUCACAAGAAGGAUAUUAAAGCUGAGAAGGCAAAAACUAAAUUAAAGCAAGUUAAAACCAAAUUUUUACCAAAAGGACUUAAUGUUACAAAAACAACUUUUAAAAUUAAGCCGAUCGUAAUCCCAGAGCAGUUAAAACAGAAAGACUUUGACGAGGUUUUAAGUAGAAGGAAGCUUAAUGUUAAGGAUCUACUUAGUCGAAUUAAGCAUUACAAUGAAAACAUAAGGCAUUCUGCAUGUAUUGAAUUGGGAGACAUGGUAAAAAUUCAUACAGAAGAUAUUCAACAGCAUCUUGCCCAGAUAUGUUUAGCAGUUAGUUCAUUGAUACAAGAUAGAGAAAGGAAAGUUAGAAAAGUUGCUAUAAAAUGUAUUGACACCAUUUUAGAACAUAUUCCGCAUAUGAAACUUUUACCAUUUUUUGAUUAUUUUUUCACCAAUUUGCGCUGUGCUAUGACCAACAUUGAUAAAGGUAUCCAAGAAGAUUCGUUAUUAUUUUUAGAUUGCUUUAUUAAGAAAGACUAUGAUUUAAUACGAAACACAUCAAACAAAUUACUCUCAGAUUUUUUAUCACUAAUAUCGAAAUUUAGAAGCGAUUCUCAAUUAGAAAGAACACUAACAUUGAACUUAGGGAGUAAUAUUACUAGUGUCGCUUGGAGAAUACAAGUUUUGAGCAGAUUGCAUGCUAUUUUAAAAAUUAUGGUCAUAGAAGAUAAACAAAUAAAGAAUAGCAAGUCAGAUACAGCUGAUGGACAGUGCAAUAUUAAUUAUGGCCUUUAUAAAUACACAUUUGGACAAUUGUUGGAAGCACCUGUGUCUGAUGUAUUAGGAACAUCAAAAAGUGAUUUUCAGAAAAAUAGUUUCCAAAAUUUCGAUCAGCAAAUUGUUAGUAUAUUACCACUUUUAUACGAAACUUGGCUGGAAGUAAUUCCAGAGGAAAAAGUUAAGAAGCCUACAGCAGAAAAUACUAUUUUGGACGAUGAAGCUGCAUCAUUACUUACAUCUGUUAUGAACAUUAUUCACCUUUUAUCACAGUAUAUAAAACAGGUGGAAAAUGAAGAAAUCACCUUUGCAAUAGUUUUUGUAACGCCCCAAAGUAAAAGAUUUUUCAAACAUCUUUUAUCAGGCUUCCCUUAUUCGCACUCAGUAUCUAAAACCAAGAAAAAAGAAAACAAUUUAAAUAAUUUAGAAAGCAGUAAUUUAAAAUGUUUUCAAGAGAAUCUCCAAAUAUGUCAUCUAUACUCUAUUUUGAUUGUUAAUGGUGGACAUGUGUAUUUAAAAAAAUAUACACAAGUCGUUAUGUUGUAUAUUAUAAGGAUUCUAAAUCAUAAACAAGCUUUAAAAGAAGAAAAUGUUAACUGUUUAUUAUCAUUUCUAAAAGAAUGUUUUGAUCAUGAUUCUGCAAAUUUUCGAAAUUUUGGUAUGGAUUUACACCUGUUGUUAGAGAAUACAAUUAUAUUUUAUGAAAACGGCAGAAUUUCUUAUAAGGAGAAAAAUGAACUGUUUUGGAUGUUGUCUAAUAUAGAAAAGGAGCGUUUGUGCAAUAGCGAGAAAUAUCAGAACUGGCUUGCAAGUCUUCCCAAUAUUUUAUGUGCUCCUACAAUAUCGGAUUCAUCUGUUCUUGUAUUACUGCAAAUAUCCAAGAAACACCGUAACAGAUUUUAUGAUGCCUUAGUUGAUAAACUUCCUGACAUUUUAGAUAAUUUGGAUAAAGCAGAAAUUGUGGUUUCGGAUUCGAUUACAAAAGAGGAUGUGAAGAGAAAUAUUGCCAAUAUAUUUUAUUAUAUUCCCAAUAGAACUAAUCUAGACAUAAUUUACAACUAUAUAGAAAGAUCACCGUUAUCCACAUUCAAACAUUAUUUUAGUAAUGUGUUAUGUUUAAGGAGAGAAUUCAUGCGUUCCUAGUUUCUAUGAUGAAUAACACCAUAACUCAGUUUUGAUCACAUAUGAGGACUAUGUUUUUUAAAAAUAUAUUACCGGCAAAUAUAUUAUACUGAGUAAUAUAUUGUUUUUUAACGGCAA